AUGGCAAAAAUGGAAAAUCCCUGGUUGACUGUAGCGCUUGCUCCCCCUCUGAAACCUCCAAUUCCGGUUGGCAAUCUCAGCCACUCGCCGCCCCAGCCCGAUCCUCCUGACCCACCCGACCCUCUCCAAUUUCCCCCUCUCCCUUCUCCUCUCUCUGGUGGCCAAAACCCCCCAAAACGUUGCGCCUUCUCCCCCCUCUCCCUCAACUCCACUGUUCCCCCUGUUCCAAUUACCUCUACCCCGCCGUCUGGCACUGCAGUGACCCCUGUCUUUGGUUCUCUACCAGCUACUACCACCUCUGCGGCCCAACUUUUGGCUGCUUACUCCCCAAAUCCUUUUUGUGGAGUUGAAAACCCUAGAUCUGGUUCAUCUACAGUACCCCAAGGUCCUUCUAUAACUGUAAACCUUCCCUAUUCCCUUACUGGCCCGGGAACCCUUCCUACUCCACCUCUUCCUCCCACCCAACUCCCCUCCCCCCUCAAACCUCCCCUGCUCCCCCAGUCCCCCCUACCACCGCCUCAUCCUCCCAAACUACCUAUGCAGCAAAAACCAAAGUUACUAUCAAUCGCACUCUCCGGCGAUUGUCUCCCCAAAACUUCUCUCCGUCAGAGGUCUGAGCACCCAGAAGACUACUCUCCAUCGCUCCAAAGAAUUCAACUAUGGGCUCACCUAAAGAGAGUUCCCUUUGACCUUAUGUACGAUGCUGGGUUAAGCCAUAUUGCUGGCCAAAUAGGUGACCCAAGAGAAACUGAUGAUUGGACGCUAAGUCUGAUAAGCAUCAGCAUUGCUCAUGUCAAAGUGGAGAUUGAUACUACCAUUCCACUCCCUUCUCAAGUGGAAGUAGGAAGGUCCAAUGGAACUUUUGUCACUGUUGAUGUUGAAUACCCCUGGAUGCCUCCCUCUUGUGCGCAUUGCAAAGAAGUGGGUUAUAUCCAACGUCACUGCCCUCUCCUCCCCCCACCUACUGCCCUCACUCACAAACAGAAUCCCCCACCCAAAAACCCCAACACUCAACCCCCAUCCUCCUCUCACCCUCCUAAAAAAGCCAACCCCUCUAAUAAGUUUUUCUUCUCCUGUCGUACUAUGGGUCACCUCAUGAAUAACUGUCCAAAAGGCCCACAAGAUUGGACUCUUGUAAACCGAAGAAAACCACCACCCGCAGUUGAUCCUCAAACCACCCCACCUCUAGCUCAAAUCCCCCUCCCCACCUCUAACUCGCAGUCUGGUCCCACCCCCAUUCCUGCUCCCUCUGUUCAUAGCCAAAAUCCCCCCGCUUCCCCCUCCUCUACUCCUGCCGCUUCUUCUCCCCAAGUUGAUAUUGCAAUUGAUCCUCCUUCGAUGGAAAUCGAUACACCAAGUCCUACUAAAGAAACUAUCAUUGACUGCUCUGACAUGGAUUCCUCAUCUGCUGAAGUCUUUGUCCUUGCCCUCCCGGCAGUCUUCAAAGAUAGACCCAUCAUUAUCUCAAACAACCACCUCCCUCCUAAAAACCUUCAACCCUCUCCCUAA